AUGGUGGCCGCGCCCGUCAAGCGCAAGACGACGUCGUCCUCGUCGCGCCGCGCCGCUACAUCCGCCGCCGCCGACAGCGGUCUCGACAUGGAGCUGGCGCGCGUCAUCGGCAUGUCCCAAUGCCGCGGCGGCGGGCUCGCGUGCUCCCCGGCGACCGGCGACGUCGCGCAUCCCGCGGGAGCGGUCGUGGUCGUCUACUCGCCCGCGCGCGACGCGCAGGUUCGGUUCCUCCGAGCGCCGCGCGCCAACUCCGGGGUGAAAGAAACGCGCGCGAUUCGACCCAGCGCCACCACCCGCGGAGGUUUAGGGUUGGGGUUCGCGGGCGCGUCGUCCGGCGGCGGCAAGCCGUUCGCGUGCGUCGCAUUCUCCGGCACGAGCAAAGGUGACAAAACAAUCGUCGGAUCCUUCGUCGCGGCUGGCGAGCGCGGCCAUCAGCCCGCCGCCGUCGUCUGGAGCGCCGAAUCCGGCCGCGCGCUCGCCGUGCUUCGAGGGCACAGGUACGGCGUCGAGUCCGUCGCCUUCUGCCCGAGCGACGACGCCAAGGUUCUGACGCUCGGAGCGGACAACGACGGGCACGUCGCGCUCUGGGACUGGCGCGAGGGAACGUGCCUGGCGAGGCACUUUUGCGCGCACGACGCGUCCGGCCACCUUCGCGCGGUAUCGUUCGACGCGACCGGCACCGCGUUCGUGACGGCGGGGGCGCGACACCUCAAGGUGUGGACCGUGGGCACCAAGGGAGACGCGCACGACGAUGGCUCCAAGUUUCACGCCAAGUACCGCAAGCUGGCGGGGGGCGGCGCGAACAACAAGCGAGUCUUCGGGUUGGUCGAGUGCGGGUCCAAGAAUGCGGACGUGGGGGGUCACGCGUCGCACACGUGGGUCGCCGUGUGCGCGCCGAGCACGACGAGCACGCACCGGGAGCGCCGUGAGACCGCGCCCGGCGACGAUUCGGCGACGAACGAAUCGGCGAAUGCGUUUUCCGACGACGACGCGUUGUAUGCCCUCUCCGAGGAAGGGGUCCUGUGCAUGCUUCGGAGGGGCGAACGCGUCGAGCGUUGGGUCGACGCGAGGGUCCGUCGGGGCGGGUCCGUGGCCGUCGGCGGACCCAACGUCGCCGUGGCCGCGGGCGACGGCGUCGUGCGCAUCUUCCAAAGGGGAACGCUCGCCUACCGGGGCACGCUUCCCCGGCCCGAUCGAGCCGAGCUCGACGCGUCGCCGGGCUCGACGCGUCACCCGGCGGCUCCCGCGACGUCGUUCGAGCCCCCUCCCGGCGUCGCCUUCCCCGACGCCGUCGCGUGCGCGUUCGACACGCGCGGCGUCGUGCUCACCGUCGCGUACUCGGACCGGAGCGUGUUUCGUUGGGACGUCCGCUCAUCGAUCGACGGCGCCGCACUCCCCGUUCGGCGCUUUUUCGCGCACUCCGCCGCCGUCUGGGGGGUCGCGCCGCUCCCGCCCGCGGCGUCCGAGCGCGGGAUCGCGCCGCGCGGGACGUUCGCCACGUGCGCCGCCGACGGCAGCGUCCGGCUGUGGCAUCUCGGAGAGCGCGACGACCGAACCGGCGGCGGCGACUGGGAACAUCCGGAGCCUCAUCCGGUGGGUUCCGAUCAGGGUUCCGGGACGUACUCGCAGACGGCGGUGAUGUACGCGACUCCCGACCCGUCGCGGGAAGCUGCCGCGCUCAAGCAGGUGGAGAAACAGGCGGACGGUGGGGCUGACGAGGCGGCGGUCGCGGCGGCUGGCGGUCACGCGCUCCGAUGCGUCGCGACGAGGCCCGACGGCGUUGAGCUCGCCGUUGGAGACGCAGCCGGAAACGUCCGGGUGUUUGAUCUCGCGUCGAGGACCGAGCGCCUGCGACUGGCGGCGCACGACGCCGAGGUGCUGUGCGUGGCGUACGGACCGUCGUCCGCGGACAAGUCCAAAGGCGGCGGGAACGUCGUCCGAACGUCCGCGUCGUCGCCCGACAGCGCGGGGUUUCCCUUUGUCGCCGAAGCGGAGGCUCCCGAGCUUCGCCUCGUGUCCUGCGGCCGCGACAGGCUCGUUCACACCUACGACGCGUCCCUGGCGCCCGACGGGUCCCCGGGGACGUACCUGCUGGAGGAGACGAUCGACGACCACGACGCCGCGGUCACGGGCGCGCGCAUCGCCGGCCUAGGGUCCGACGCGACGCUCGUCACGUGCGGCGCCGACCGCAAGGUGAUUUUCCGGCGACUCGCGCCUUUGAAGCGGGUCCGCUCGAAAACCAACAACAACCCACACAACAACCCACACGUCAACAGACCCACGAAAGCUUUCUCGACGGAGACGAUGCCGCGUGGAACGGUUCACGGCGUGGACGUCGACGCGGGCGGUCGCACGUGCGCGACGGCGGGCGCCGACGGCCGGCUUCGGGUGUGGUCCGUGGGCUCCGGAAAGUCGACUCGCGCGUUUCCUUGCGCCGACGAGGGCGCCGGGGAGGCUGUUUGCGUCGCCGUGGACGAUGCGGGUACGCUCGCGGCGGUGUCCCACGUCGAUAAGGUGGUUCGAGUGUACGACGCGAGGACUGGCGCGCUCGUGGGCCGGUGCGCGGGGCACGGCGACGCCGCGACGUGCGUGGCGUUCACCGCCGGCGGUUGGUCCCCCGCCGGCGGCGCGCUCGUCACCGGCGGGGCGGAUGGGACGAUUUGCGUGUGGCGGCUGCCGGCGGCGUACGCGAAUCGGGCGCACCCACCCGCGGCCGCAAAACAGAGGGCGGUGCUCGUGGGGACGGACGCCGGCGCGCUUAAGCUUCGCCCCGUCGACGUAAACGACCGGUACGGGGCGCCGGUAUGGAAGACUCCUUCCGGAACGCGCCCAGGUCUGUGUCUGGACGUGUCCGACGGAGGCGCGACGGAGGACCGCGCGACCGCGGUCUCGGCGAAGGAGGCCACGCACGCCGUGGAGGAUGACGCGACACGAGCGGACGAGCUGAACGCCUCGGGGUCAUCCUCCGUCCCGUCGCUCGCUCCGUUUGAAGAACUCCCGCGGUGGGCGGCGGCGGGCGUUCAACAACACGAGCGCGAACGCGCUGAGCGAGAGACGGAGAAGCUCGCCAACCUGGCCAAGGUUGCGGCUGGGUCCAAGUGGGCCGCCAACGCGCCGGGCGGGUACGCGCCGAAGCUCGAGGGCUUGUCCGCGUCGGUGAUUGACCACGGCGACGUGGACGUCCGUAUCGACGAAGACGAAGACCGUCCCGACAAGGAAAACGAGCCCACCCGCUCCCCCCGCCGCGCGCCGUCCGUGGUGAGCCUCAAGCCCCUCGACGACGACGACGACGCGCUGUACUACGCCGAGAGCGAACCCGGCGGAGCGUUGGCGGAGCAUUCGGCGGCGCCCGGAGCGGCGUUCGGGGUUGUCACGACGUCGCCGAGGAGGGAAGGAUCGGACGUCGUCGCGACGGAUGAAACAGUCGUACACGAUGGGAUCGAGGCGACCACGCCGGCGCACGAUGCGAAGGCUGAGGAACUCUCGGAGGACCGGCCCAAGGACAAGGACCGGCCCAAGGGGGUUUUCGCGCGCGUCGCCGCGAUGCUUGCGGGCGGUGGGGGGAAGAAACCUCCGAGCCACCUCGGCAAGAAGGAGCGACCCGUCGAGGCGGAAAAACCGCUGCAGACGCCGUGCUCGGAGCCGCCGAGGUCGGAAUCCCCGACCCUCGGCGGGAACAGGUUCGAGGUACCGCGCGUCGCGGACUCGGACGACGCCGACGAGGUGGCGACGGAUUCGGAGGAAUUCGGAUCGUCGGAGGACGAAUCGUCGGAGGAUGAACCCGCUGUGCCGCUCGCGCUGCGUUUCGACUCGGCGGAUGAGGAGGACGACACGGAAGACCCGACGCGCGCGGGUCCCGCGAUUGAACCGACGCGCACGCACGCGGGGGCGUUGCGGGAGAGCUUCUCCGGGCGGUGGAGGCGACGCGCGAAGAGGGAGCCGCUUCCGGUGCACGAGCUCAUCGGCGGCGGUGACGCGCCGGUCGCGAUUGACGCGGUUGACGUCGCGACGGCGAUUGACGCGGUGGAGCGAGAGGACGCGUCGCGUCGCGCCGCCGCCGCAGAAUUCGCCCGGGAACGAGCGACGAACGACGCGAAGGGGGGCGAAGACGCGGUUCGCAAGAGCGUCGAGGAGCUUCGCGCGUCCCUGCCCCGAAUCAGGACAUCCGCGGAGAAGAAGAAGGAGGAGGAGGAGAAGGAGGAGGUGAAGGAGGAGAAGAAGGAGGUGAAGGAGGAGAAGGAGGUAGAGGUCGCGUUCGAGCCCGAAGCGACAUGGCCGCCGCUACCCGAGGACGCUCCAUCCGACGACGACGAUGACGACGACGACGACGACGACGACGACGACGACGCGACAGCUCCAUCCGACGAAGACGAAGAUGACGACGACGCGGUGCGACGGAGCAUCGCGGACGCCGUGGCUUACGCCGUCGACGCCGAGGAGGAGGACGUGACGGCUGUAACGGCUGUAACGGCCGAAGGAAACGCGGGGGUCAUCCACGACUCCGACGCACCGACGCCCGAGGCCGAGCCUGAACCCGUCGCGGAGCCGCUUCCGUCGAUCGAGCCGGCCGCCGCGCGCCGAUCGUCGCGGUCCGCCGGCGGCGGCUUGCGCGCGUCGCUGAAGAAGCGGAGGGGUCGGGCGAGGCGAAUCAUCGCCGCGAUCGCCGCGCGAACCGCGCGAACGAAGGACGACGCGCGGGUCGGCGGGAAGGAGCGGGAGCCGGAGGCCGCCGCCGACGCGGCUCGAUCCUCCCCCGAGCCCGUCGCGUCCCCCGAGCCCGUCGCGAUGGACGCGCUCGCCGCGAUGGACGCGCUCGAUGCGGCGGUGCGCGCGUCACUCGCGGCGGUGCGCGCGUCGGUGAAGGACGCCGGCGCGCACGAGCGCGCGGCGGUUGUCGCCAGGCUGGCGUCGCUCGCGUCGACGAUGCGGCUGGACGACCGAAGCUCCGCCGAGGCGUCCGCGCCGCGCGCCGAGGUUCACGUCCAGACGGACGUCGACGAUGGAGCGGUCCGGGGGUCGUCGUUCGGGGCUGACGGCGAAUCGCGCGCGCGCGUCGUCGACGACGACGACGCGGGUCAUCCGUCGGCAUCUGAUGAGACGCCAGCGAUGCCCAAGGGGCUGGCGGAUUCGUUCGAAGUGCCCCCGUCGCUGGAACGCGCGAUAAACGCGACGAUGGAGCGCGCGCUCGCCGCGUACAGCGAGCGUCUCAUCGAGACUGUCCGGAGCAGCGUGGCGGCGAGCGCCACGAGCCGCGGAUGACGGAAAGGACGGGGAUGACGGGGGCUGAGACGGUUGGGUCGGGGCGAGGGAUUUUCCCCGUGGGUGGCGGGGAAUUCCACGUGGCACGACGACAUCGCGCGGAACGAGGAUGCUUUCGCGCGCGCUCGACGCGGCCGACGUGCGUUUGAUUCGUAUUCGAGUACAUAUUAGGCAUCGUGGAAUGACAAGACCUAUGAACACACGCUUCAUAA